AUGCUCCUCUACGCAGAGUCCGAGAGGCUCUCCCUGGCACUUGCAGGCAUGCAGUAUGCCGCGCAGUCCUUCGCCGCCAAAUCCUUCCUCGACUCCGUCGAUGUUUUGAUCUCUGUGCUAGAGCCUCUCACGGCAGCGUUACCGAAGAUUGACAAAGAGGCGAUGGAGAGUCUCUCAAACAGCACCAAGGAACUCCAGCGCCUCUUCUCUGAGAUGGAGCUCGCGGUGCAGUCCAUCCAGAGCUUCCUGGAGGUGCUGGGCACGGAGUAUGAGACCUUCAGGCAUGCCGCAAGCGCCCUGGCCAACCACAGCUUGGCAGCAGGUUUUCGGAGCAAGCUCCCGGCUCCGCCCAACCAAACAGAUGCCGUGAACCUCUCCAAGUUCGUGGAGUCCGCGCAUUUCCAAAGCCUGGUUGCCUUGAACCUGGUGCGAGACUAUGCAUCGCUAGGGGCGGAGGAGCAGAAAGCAGUCCUCGAGGCCGUCAAUUCUGUGGUGGGAUCGGCCCGGACGGUGGUUCACGAAGCGCGGCGAUCGAAGGACACUAUCGUCAAGGAUUCGACCUCAGUAGUUAGGGUGGCCGCAUCCAAGGUGAAGGAGCAGUUUGCGCUUGUGGCCACAAGUGCUCUGGUCGCCGGCACAGAUGCGAAGGACGCACUGAACUAUGCAUCCUCCAUGUAUCUGUACGCUGCAGGCGGCUGCGUGGGGUGCGCCGUCCUCAUGGCCCUGGUGGCUUUUACAUAUGCCUGCUAUUUAGAAUACAUCUACGAGAACCAGGGCAUCGCGAGAGUAUACGAGAUCGCUGCAAAGGAGCGACAAGGCUGCUGCUGGUGCUGCAUCGACUCCAUCGGGCACUUUGUACAUGUCGUUGGCUUCUACUUGCUGAUUUUGCUCCAAGAUGCUGUCUCGAUACUGCUCGUGCUUGUGGCCCUGUUCCUCUGUGUGGUCGGAAACGUUCAGCUGGGCCUCCAAAUCGGCUGCGACUUUGCCCCCAUGCUCUCGGACAACGCGGCCUGCACUGCAUCGAUGGGAAAUUUCAGCACAGCCUUGCAGCGGGAUAUCCUGAAUGCCAAGGAUUGCGAAGCUGCUGGAACUUUGAUCUGCGAAAGCGUAGCAGGCAACCCCGGUAUGAUACGGCUCACGAUGCUGCUCGGCGGCAUGAUCCUGGCAUAUAAAGUCCUGGUUGUCAUGGCAUGCACCAUGCUGCCUCUUCCGACAUAG